AUGUUCAUCGUCUUACUGCUCAUUCUCGGCUUCGAGCCAUUUGCUGCCGCCGGCGAUCCACUGGAGCAGAUCUGCAACACCAGCAUCCCCUAUAAUAGCACCUACCAAGCUAACCUUGAGCUCCUAUCUACUGUGCUAUCCAGGAAUGCCUCAUCCACAGGAACCAACCAGCCCAAGGGCUUCGUCCGAACUGACCAAGACCCCAUUUAUGGCGUCGCACAGUGCCCCGGCGACACCAUCGCAUCUGCAUGCUCCAGCUGCAUCACCACCGCGUUCCAUGAUGCUUGGCGGCUCUGCGGAUCGCAAAUGGACAUGCAUUUCUUGUAUGGGGACUGCAUCGUCCACGUCUCCACUGAGGACCUUGUCUACAACUCCAGUUUUGUGCUACACAGGUUGCUGAUCUUUAGGGACACCACGGAUCCCAGCAUUCAAUUCAUUGAGAUCACCAACUUCACCGACGCCAGCAUUGAUGGCAACAUCAAGGUGCUGCUCCAAGAGACAGCCAAACAGGCAGCCUACAACUCUACAAUGAUGUACGCCACCGGCCGCCUGGAUUUAUCCGAGGGACUGCCGCUGCUGUACUCUAUGGCGCAGUGCAACCUGGACCUACGACCAAAUGACUGCUGGGAUUGCCUCGACAAUAUCAGGAGCGCAGCAAGGGGUUCCUUCCACGAGCAACAUGGUGAAUGGAUUGCUGGUGUUUGGUGUAAUUUCAGGUACAGCACGUAUCAGUUCUACAAUGACCAGCCCACGAAGAAGACCGGCUGGUCAGAUGUUGUAGAUCCAACAACAAACAUGCCGGCGCCAGGGCCGGUUGGUGUUCCAAGGCAGAAAGAUAAGAAUUUUGGGCUUGCAAAAAUAUUCAGUUCAAAUGAUACUGAAGGGAACACAAAAAGGAUUGCUGGGACAUAUGGGUAUAUGGCUCCCGAGUAUGCUUCAGAGGGUCUCUUCUCAAUCAAAUCUGAUGUAUUCAGCUUUGGUGUGCUGAUUCUCGAGAUCAUCAAUGGAAAAAGAAACUCGUGUUUCCAUCAAAAUGGGGACUUCUUCAACCUUCUUGGAUAUGCAUGGAAGUUGUGGAAAGAGGAAAGAUGGCUGGAGUUCGUCGAUGAAUCAAUAGUUUCAGAGUCUGACAUGUUAGAGACAAUGAGGUGUAUCAACAUCGCACUGCUCUGUGUGCAAGAGAAUGCGGUUGACAGACCCAGCACAACAAGUGUGGUUGCGAUGCUAAGCAGCGAAACUAUGGCCCUGCCUGAACCUAAGCAUCCAGCGUAUUUCGGUUACGGAGGAAGAGCCACCUAG